GUGCUAUAUAAUCAUGAACGCUCUUCAGUUUUUGUGUUUUACAAUUGUGUUACAGUGGGAUAAUGCACAGGUGGAUGCCAAUUUGCACUGCUCGGCAAAUGAUUUACAUGCAUUGAUUCUUGCCCGCGGUGGCAGCAAAGGAAUUCCAUAUAAAAAUUUGGUUGAAAUUAAUGGCCUAUCAUUAUUAGCACGCAGUAUUAUAACCAUAAGUAAUUCCACUUGUUUCAAGCAUAUCUGGGUAUCCACGGAUGAUGAGAAAAUUGCAUUAGAAGCUAAGAAAUAUGGAGCCCUAGUACAUAUUCGCCCAGAGGAAUACGCAAGGGAUGAGACAUCGUCUAUUGAGGCUAUCAAAGAAUUUUUAGGGGCACAUAAAACAAUCCAAAACUUUGCAUUGUUUCAGUGCACAUCAGUUUUUUUAAGAGAAAAAUAUAUUGAGCAAGCGGUUGACAAAUUCCAAUCACAUGAUUGCGUAUUUUCCGUUAAGAGAUCCCAUAAGUUGCGUUGGAAAUUUGUUGGCGAACAAAUUUUGCCAGAUAAUUUUUAUUUGAGGGCCAGGCCCAGGAGGCAAGACUGGAGAGGUGAUAUAGUUGAAGCAGGCAUGUUCUAUUUAUCAAAAAGAAUGCUGGCAAUCAAAGGACUUUUACAAAAUGAAAAUUGCGCUGUUGUGGAAAUUGCAGCUGAGGACGGUCUUGAAAUCGAUACAUAUAGAGACCUUACCAUUGCACGUUGUAUUAUGAAUAGCAAAUCUUAAGCCUUAUACAAUUUAUUUUUUGAUGUAUUUUGAAAGUUCAAACUGUGCU